AUGAUUAAACGUUGCGUGAAAUGUUUCCGAGCUAGACCAAAAUUAGCUGAGCAUAAAAUGGGCAUCGAUUAUUACGGACCUUUUUACAUAAAGGAAAAGAAAUAUCGAAAUCACAAAAGGAUAAAAACGUACGUCGCUGUGUUUAUAUGUAUGUCAUCAAAGGCUAUACACAUUGAAGUAGUUAGCGACUUGACCAUUGAUACCUUCUUAGGAGCUUUGAGACGCGCUAAAAACAAAUUAUAUGAAUUAUAUGCUCUCGCGAAUUCGGACGGUUUCAAAACGACGGUAAACAAUUAUGCUAGUAAUAAUGGCAUCGAAUUUCAUUUCAUUCCACCUUCCUCGUCAUACUUCGGGGGAUUGUGGGAGGUUGGAGUGAAAUCAUACAAGCAUCAUUUUACAACAGUUGCAUACAAUCAUGUUCUAACAUUUGAAGAGUUCUACACUCUCUCUUUGGAAAUUGAAUUGAUACUCAACUCGAGACCUCUUACGCCCAUUCCCACUGAUACAAAUGAUUUGUCCGCCUUGACAGCGGGUCAUUUCUUGAUUGGAGACUCAUUAAUCGCACUACCCGAACCUGAUUAUACACCCUUACCUUCAAACCGAUUGUCUGCUUGGCAAUUAAUAACAAAGAUACGAGAAGAUUUUUGGAAAAGAUGGAGUACAGAAUAUUUGAAUGAGGUGAAUGUAAGGCGAAAGUGGAACUGUAAAACUAAGAAUCCUGAAGAAGGUACAAUUGUCAUUAUCAAAGAUGAUAAUACUCCAACAAUGCAACGGCCCUUAGCUAGAAUAACUCAACUUCACAAGGGCAAGGACGGCAUAGUACGAGCAGUGACUCUGAAAACAGCAAAUGGUGUUGUGAAGAGGACAGUAAAAAAAAUUGCAAUUCUGCCGAUUGCCAGCGAUUGA